GCCUUGGUGAGUUUUCGAGGGAGCGUUUUGCACUUCCAAAAACUCUUUCACGUGCGUUAGGUAGGGCGCGCAGGCGUUUGCAUCAGUCUCCUUUACAGCUAUCAUUUUUUGAGCAAGGCCAUUCGUUUAUUCGUCUGCCUAUUCGUGUGGCGUGCCGCUGUCAUGUCAGGUGUCCAGGCUGCGUGCCGCCCUGCCUGCAUGACGCCCGCAAGCGGGGCUGGCCGCCUCCUGGCACGAGUGGGCCAGAGAUGGGCUAGCAGCGCGACACCUGUUGCCGCCUUGAGAGGCGUCACACGAGGCAGCGCAGCAGCAUCUGCGCGGCAGGGUGCUCCGCGGCAGGGCCUGCCAGGGUACUCGGGCUUGCGCCCAAGUGGCGCCCGCCCGCUGUUGCACCCCAGCCUCGGCUUUGCCGCUGCAUGCCAGCUGUCAGGCAAUGCUGGCCCGCAGCGGCGCCUCAGCGGCGCGGCAGGCGCCGCACGGGCUGUGGUGGCGGCCCCGGAGCGGCCGUCGCUGCGAAAGGCGUCCUCGGAGGCAGUGCAGAAGUACGGCUUUACAGAAGUGGAAGGGGAGUACAUUGCUGAGUACAAUGCGCAUGCGGUGCUGUACCAACACAACAAGACGGGAGCGGAGUUGAUGUCGGUGGCAAGCGAUGACGAGAACAAGGUGUUUGGCAUCGUGCUGCGCACACCCCCGCAGAACAGCACAGGCAUCCCGCACAUCUUGGAGCACAGCGUGCUGUGCGGCAGCCGCAAGUACCCGCUCAAGGAGCCGUUCGUGGAGCUCAUGAAGGGCAGCCUCAACACCUUCCUCAAUGCGUUCACCUACCCCGACCGCACCUGCUACCCCGUCGCCUCCACCAACCUCCAGGACUUUUACAACCUGGUGGACGUGUACCUGGACGCGGUGCUGUUCCCCAACUGCGUGCGCGACGAGCAGACCUUCCAGCAGGAGGGCUGGCACUAUGAGCUGGACAAGCCCGACGAUGACAUCACCUUCAAGGGUGUGGUGUUCAACGAGAUGAAGGGCGUGUACAGCCAGCCAGACAGCAUGCUCGCGCGCUACACGCAGCAGAACCUUUUCCCGGACAACACGUACGGCGUGGACAGUGGCGGCGACCCGUCCGUCAUCCCGGACCUCACCUUCGCCGAGUUCCAGGACUUCCACCGCAAGUUCUAUCACCCUAGCAACGCGCGCAUCUGGUUCUAUGGCGACGAUCCGCUUGAUAAGCGCCUCGAGAUCCUGGACAAGUAUUUGAGCGAGUUUGAGCGCAACGAGGCAGUGCACGAGUCGGAGGUGGCCAUCCAGCCGCUCUUCUCCGAGCCCAAGAAGGCAGUGCACAAGUACGCGGCCGGGGGAGACGCGUCGCAGGCCAAGAACAUGGUCGCCGUCAACUGGCUCCUUGCAGAGGACGUGCUGGACGUGGAGACGGAGCUGGCGCUGGGCUUUUUGGACCAUUUGAUGCUGGGCACGCCCGCCGCGCCGCUGCGCAAGGCGCUCAUGGAGAGCGGCCUGGGCGAGGCCAUCAUUGGGGGGGGCAUCGACGACGACCUGCGCCAGCCCGCCUUCAGCAUCGGCCUCAAGGGCGUGGCUGCGGAGAACGCGGGCGCGGUGGAGGGCCUGGUGCUGUCCACGCUGGAGAGCCUGGCCGAGAGCGGGUUCAGCGCGGAGGCGGUGGAGGCGAGCAUCAACACGAUCGAGUUCAGCCUGCGCGAGAACAACACGGGCAGCUUCCCGCGCGGCCUCGCGCUCAUGCUGCGCAGCGUCGGCAAGUGGCUCUACGACCGCAGCCCCUUCGAGCCGCUGCGCUUUGCGGCCCCGCUGGAGCACUUCAAGGCGCGCUUGCAGCAGCAGGGCAGCAAGGCGCUCUUCGGCCCGCUCAUCCGGCGCUACCUCCUCGACAACCCGCACCGCGUCACCCUCGAGCUCCAGCCGGACCCUGCCCUCGGGGAGGCCACUGAGGCGGCGGAGCGUGAACGGCUGGCGGCGGCCAAGGCGGCGCUGCGCGAGGACGACGUGACCGCUCUUAUCGAGGCCACGCAAGCUCUGCGCGAGCGGCAGGAGACGCCCGACCUGCCGGCCGCGCUGGCCACCAUCCCCGCGCUGGACCUGGCCGAUAUCCCGCGCACCGCCGCCACCAUCCCCAGCGCGGUGGAGGCGCGCGGCGGCGCCACGGUGCUGCGGCACGAGCUGUUCACGAACGAGGUGCUGUACGCGGAGGCGGUGCUGGACCUGCGGCGCGUGCCGGCGGGGCUGCUGCCGCUGGUGCCGCUCUUCAGCCAGGCGCUGCUGGAGGGGGGCACGGCCGACAUGGACUUCGUACAGCUGAACCAGCUGAUCGGGCGCAAGACGGGCGGCAUCAGCGCGUACCCGUUCACCAGCAGCCGGCGCGGCAGCGGCGAGCCGGUGAGCGCGUUCGUGGUGAAGGGCAAGGGCAUGGCGGGGCAGGCGGGCGACCUGCUGGGGCUCAUGCGCACGCUGCUGCACGACGUGGUCUUCGACGAUCGCGCGCGCUUCAAGCAGUUCGUGAGCCAGGCCAAGGCGCGCAUGGAGGCGCGCGUGGUGGGCGGCGGCCACAGCCUGGCGGCGACGCGCAUCGACGCCAAGGACAGCGCCGCGGGCUGGGUCGCGGAGGUGAUGGGCGGCGCGUCGUACCUGCGCUUCCUGCGGGACCUGGAGGCGCGCGUGGACAGCGAGUGGGACGCGGUGCGCGGCCAGCUGGAGGACAUCCGGCGGAGCCUGCUGUCGCAGGAGGGGGCCAUCCUGAACUUGACCGCCGACGACAAGACGCUGCACGCGGCAGACGGGCCCGUCGCCGACUUCCUCGCCGCGCUGCCGCAGCAGGGGGGGCCGCGCCAUGAGUGGACGGAGCGGCUGAGCGCGGGGAACGAGGCGCUGGUGGUGCCCACACAGGUGAACUAUGUGGGCAAGGGCGCCAACCUGUACGCGGCCGGCUACCAGCUGAGCGGGAGCGCCUACGUCAUCUCCAAGCACAUCGGCAACACGUGGCUCUGGGACCGCGUCCGCGUGAGCGGCGGCGCCUAUGGGGGCUUCUGCGACUUUGACUCGCACAGCGGCAUGUUCACGUAUUUGUCGUACCGCGACCCCAACCUGGUGAAGACGCUGGACACAUACGACGGCACGCCCGCGUUCCUGCGCAGCCUGCGCCUGGAGGGCGACGCGCUGAGCAAGGCCAUCAUUGGGACCAUCGGCGACAUCGACGCGUACCAGCUGCCGGACGCCAAGGGCUACACCGCGCUCAUGCGCCACCUGCUGCGCGUCUCCGACGAGGAGCGCCAGCAGCGCCGCGAAGAGGUGCUCGCCACCAGCGAGAAGGACUUUGCGAACUUUGCGGACGUUCUGGAGGCGGUGCGCGGAGAGGGCGCGCACAUCGUGACGGUGGCCUCAGCUGCUGACGUGGAGGCAGCGGCCAAAGCCCGGCCCGAGUUGCAGCUGGCAGUGGACCAGCUCUUGUGACCCUGACGAUGAUCUUUACCUCCUGUUGGUUGACUGGUUAGCGUGUCCACAAGGUCGAGUUGUUGGGGCACAGUUCGUAAUUUAGAUGUGCCGUACGACUGUUGCAGCUUGCGAGUAUAUUCGCUUGGCAUGCCAGAUCUUGCAGAGUCCAAGAUCAGCUGAUACAUUCCCGGCUGCAACCCUGAACUUUCGCUCUGUGCACAUGGUCCGACAUUUCGGGCAGCCCCCAAGUACCCGGCAUACUUGGGUGAAUCACC